GCCUACAAAAUCGGGGAAAGCUUUUGGGCCGAGGCCUCUGCGAAGCGAAGCCUUCAAAGUAGUCGGAGAAGUGGAGCCAAACGGUAAAGACGCGGAGCUCCGCUGAAAAAUAACACAAUAUACAGAAGGAGAGAGCGAAGGGGAAGAAACUACAAAAUCGCAGCCCAAAUCGCGCUUCGUGGAAAAGAAAAAGUUGGCUACAAAAUAAUUGCAAAAAGGCUUCCGCCAAAUAACACCGAAAGAAUCGAAAUAAAAAGUGUUUUGAAAUGCCAGUUAAGCAAAUACGCCAAUUAUGGGCUGCAUAAGGCGAAAGAAGGAAAGAGACAGGGCAACUCUGCCUCUUCCGUGUUGUUGUGUGUAAUGUGUGAAACGAUUUUCCUCCUUCAACAAUUUUUUUGGCAAUAUGCACGGGGCAUGUAGAUACAGCGACGAACAUGCUAAAAUAGAGCCACAGAGAAGGGCUCUUCAUUAAAUUGGUUGCAGGAGAAUAAGCUGAAAAAAAACAGAAACAGUAGCAGAUGAGGGUUACUUUAUGAGGCAAACACCAAGGAAAUAAUAACCUUGACGGCUUCUGGCCAAGGCUCUCAACUCGCUGUUCGAUGGCUCCAGUCAUACAACAUGGCGUUUGCUUAACAAAACCAAAAUAUUAUAUGCCAGCAAGUAUGCAAACAUGUGCAACAAAGUGUGCGUGCGCGUGUGUGGGUGCCAAAUAAAAUAUUAAGCAAAUAAAUAAGCGAUUCGAUUCGACUCGACUCCACUCUACGCGAUUCCCGAUGACGCAUUCGAGAAGAGUAGGGCAGAAGGUUAAAUUACACAAAACGUCAAAUUCGCCACGUACGAUAGUCGUUUCGGAGUCGCGAGUCCGAAAUUCGGAUUCGGUUUCGGAGUGCUCGGUCGGGAUACGGAGUAUUCAGAUUAUAGGCGUACAGAGAGCAGAAACUAUAGAGCACAUAACACACCAAAACUUUCCAACUGGACCCGGCCAGAUAAAUACAAAGCCGAAAAAAUCACCAAAAAAUCAUUAAAUAUUAUGAGUCUAUGAGCCUCAAACAAAGUGUCGCUGUGUCACUGAAAAAUAGCAAGCAUAUUAUUUCAACAAUUUACUCAACCAGAAAAUGUGCCUAGCUCUCUGAGCGUGGGAGAAAGCUUGACAAGAGAGAAAGGGAGUGAGAGAGAGAGAGAGAGUAGCACCCUCAACCCAAAUUCACCACAAUAAAAUACAACAAAGAGGCAACUAAAAAAAAAAUUGAAAAAAAAUACUUUCACUCUCGCCACAACGUGGCGGCAUCGAGAGGCAGGAAGCGCAUAGAGUGACAGACAGACAGAAAGAGACGGACGGCCGGUCGGACGGACGGCGCUGGAAAACUCAAAGGGAAAACUUUUUGCAUGCCACAAGCAGCAGGAGCGUCACAAUCAGCAUCAGCUGACUGCUGCAGGAAGCCUGGCAGCAGGACAACUGUGUGUUGCGGACAGGACGAGCGUCCGGUCGUGUCACCAUCCAUUCAAUAGGGGCCUCCAGCAAACACUGGCCGACACACAGGCUCCUCUGGCCGCCACUCACCAACACACACACACACACCGCGCCCGAGCAACGGCAGUUUUAAUGUAUCCUUAGAAUUCCAAACAGCUCCAGCAGUGUAAUGCGCCUUGGGGGCAGUGGCAUUCCAUACGACGGCGACCCCCUGACAAUGAGCGCAGCUGGCAACGACUAUGCCGAACUCUGUGAUCUUGGACCCUCGCGAUGGAGUGCCCGACCCUACGGAUACAAUGCGACCGCAGCGGCAGCCGCCGGCUUUGGCCUGGGGCCCUCGAUGGGCGGAACGCAGUCGUCGUCGAGCGUGCCGACGGGCGGAUCGGCCGGACUCAGUGGUCACCACCUGCGCAGUAGUGGAGCGCCGGGACCGAGCAGCUUCGAGGCGGAGGACAUUGGUAUGGCCUUCGGCAUGAUCAGUCCGCCGCCGGGCAGCGGACCCUACGUCGGAUCGUCGGCGGCGGCGGGAGCGGCGGGCGGUUCGCGCGUUGGCAACAGCACCAGUUCGCUGCGCGGUGCCGGCGGUCGAUCCGGAUUGUAUUACUCCCCGCCGGGCACCUCUUACACGAUCGUCGAGCGCCCCCACUCGCCGCACUACUACUUCAACUCGGCGGGCGUGCCCACCAAGGGCGGCUCGUUGCCGGGGCGUGGCAGCGCCUAUCUCAGCUCCUCACCCGCCAGCCACAUGGCCGCCGGAACGGCGGGCACCCUGCCCACCUCGACGGCGGCCAGUGGGCGAUCGAUGGGCCAGCACGCGAGCAGCAAUGGCAACAAGAAGCGGCCCAUCUCGCCGGAGCAGGUGCUCCGCAUGUUCGGCGCCACCCAGUCGUCAUCAGUUCCUACGAGUAGCUACCACUACAGCAACGGCGGCACGCGGGAUCGGGAUCGCACCGGCAGGCGGAGCCCCGCCAGCAGUCCGCCCUCCACCACCCACCAGAUUUAUCGGGAUCGGGAGCGGGAAAGGGAUCGCAGUGUCCCGAAUAUCCAUGAACUUACAACGCGAACCGUUUCCAUGUCGCGCGACCAGCAAAUCGAUCAUGGUUUCGGCAUUUGCGUUAAAGGAGGCAAAGACUCAGGCUUAGGCGUCUACAUCUCACGCAUCGAGGAAAAUUCGGUGGCCGAGCGCGCUGGAUUGCGACCCGGUGAUACAAUCCUAGAGGUGAAUGGCACCCCCUUCACCUCAAUCAAUCACGAGGAGGCGCUGAAGAGAUGUGUGCAGAUACUGAAAUCGUCACGUCAAAUCAGUAUGACGGUGCGAGCGCCGCCCACUCUGAACUCGACCGCCCCGCUCCACGGAUUCGGUCCGCCCUCCCGCGACCCCAUGUACGCGUCGAUGGCUCCCCCCCUGCACCCACAGAACCAGGCGGCAGCGGCAGCAGCGGCGGCGGCGGCCUCCGGGGCGGGUCUGCCCUUCCGCCAGACCUGCUCCUGGAUGGACCGCCACGGACGACCCGCCUCCCCGCCCAUGGAGUACGGGGGCAGGCGCAGCGAGCGAAGGGAUCGAAUACGUCGUGUGGAGCUGCUGAUAGAGCCGGGCCAGUCUCUCGGACUGAUGAUCCGUGGCGGCGUGGAGUACGGCCUGGGGAUCUUUGUCACCGGCGUGGAUAAGGACAGCGUGGCGGAUCGAUCCGGACUGAUGAUUGGCGACGAGAUCCUCGAGGUCAAUGGGCAGUCCUUUCUCGAUGUGACGCACGACGAGGCGGUGGGUCAGUUGAAGUACCACAAGCGCAUGUCGCUGGUGAUACGGGACGUGGGCAAGGUGCCCCACUCCUGCACCUCCAUCGAGAUGGAGCCCUGGGACGCGUACAGUCCAACGGGCACACGAGCACGCCGAAAAGGUCAAAUUGCGACCAUGGUGGAGGAGAAGGCGCGCUCCCUGCUGCCCCGUCAUCACUUUGCAAGCCUUUCCUACUAUAUUGCGGAAUAUAGUGCGAAAGCAAUGACCAUAGAUGCCUUUGUUGCCGUCUUGUUAGAGAUGUUAGAUACGUACGAAAAGCACACGCUAGUGACGGAAAUACGGGAAUUAGUUUUCCCCGAGGAUCGCACGCGAUACGAUGAGCUCGUCUAUCGCAGAGAACGCGAUCCUUAUAGCGUGGAUAGGCAUAGGCGUAAGGGAGACCCCGCCCGUGAUUUGCCGGUAACAGCCGACGAUUUGGAAAUAAUAGCCGCCACCGGACGGAGUCCUUCGUCGGACUCGGGCCUGGGCAUGACCGUAACGGAUAUACAUAAACGACCCGCACUACAGUUGCCCCAUCGGCCCAUGUCGGCGGGACCCAUACUGCAUCGCUCACAGCCAGCAUCACAUUAUCAGACAGCCAGCAACCAGUCCUCAUCAUCAUUGUCGCCUCCACAACAACAACAGCAGCAGCAACAACACUAUCCACCCCACCAUGCCUCAUUGCGUCAUCUGGGCGGAAUCGGCGGCAGCGUGGGAUCCGGUCGUCAUCACCACCAGCCGUUGGGACCAGGUCUAUUGAAAUUCAAGCAGGCCAAACACAAUCAGCAACAGGAAUACGGCUGUGAUGAGCACAGAACUCGCCGGGGCAGCGAAACCCUUUUACCGGAAUACGAACCAGAUGCGGAACAGGAGUUGGCCACAAAACUCUCAAGAAGUUUCGAUAUGAAGGAAGAAGGCGGCACAUUGCUGGGCGAUAAAGGUGUACGAAGGCAUCAGUCCAUGCAGCGUCUGUCAGCGGAGCAGAAUGGUGGUUCAACGACUGAACAAACACAUGAACACAAUCCAAACGUCGUACCUGAUCAUAGAGGCAACUUACACAUUACAGUUAAGAAAACCAAACCAAUUUUAGGUAUUGCUAUCGAAGGUGGUGCUAAUACAAAACACCCGCUCCCUAGGAUAAUCAAUAUCCAUGAAAAUGGUGCAGCAUUUGAAGCGGGCGGCCUCGAAGUCGGACAACUCAUCCUGGAGGUGGAUGGAACCAAAGUGGAGGGUCUACAUCAUCAGGAGGUUGCGCGACUAAUAGCCGAAUGCUUUGCUAAUCGUGAAAAGGCUGAAAUAACCUUCUUAGUUGUCGAAGCAAAAAAAUCAAAUUUGGAACCGAAGCCGACGGCGCUGAUAUUUUUAGAAGCCUAACAUUUGCUUGCCCUGCCGGCCAGUGACCCAUUGGAACGACAAAAACUCGAGUUCCUUUACGAAUGGGGCAUCGAUUUAACAGAGACGCCAAAACCAAUGCCAACACCAAUACCGCUAACGAAAGCCAAGAAUCCGCCGCCACUGCCCCAUGAGAUGCACAACAACAUCAACACCCAGUAUGGCAGCAGUGCGGCGCUCAGCAAUCAUCAACCUCAUCAGCAUACGCAUCCACAUCCCCAGCAGCAGCAGCAGCAGCAGCAGCAACAUUCGAACACAAAAACACCCAACACGAACAACAGCAACACACAAGCAACACCAACAACGGGAACGGGAGCAGCAACAGCUGCCAGCAAACAACAACAGCAACCGGGAAACACCACCAACACACCAACGAAGGCGUCGCGUGAGGCAACUCCCACAAGGGAGCAGCAUCAGCAGCAUGCCACGCCCACACGCGAGCACCAGCAGCAAACGCCCACGCGCCAGCAGCAACUGCAACGCGAACAGCAGCAGCAACUGCAACGCGAACAGCAGCAGCAACACCAUCGCGAUAGGCAGCAACAUUUUCGCGAACAACGCGAACAACGCGAGCGGGAGUACCAACACGAACACGAACAACACCACCAUCACCACCGUGAUCACCACGAGCAACACCAACACCAACACCAACAUCCACACCAACAACAACACCAACAUCACCCCCACCAACAACAUCAUCAUCAAUAUUCAUCCGGAUCACAGCAGCAACACCAACGCUACAGCAGCAGCAACAACUACAAAUCUCAUAAUAAUUCCGUUUACCAGUAAGGAGAAACCGAAUGCAAUUCUAGCAAUUGGAGCAACAAUAACAAUUUUUUGGAUACAUUCUUUCAAAACUGCUACAGCAAUUCGAUCAGUAAACAGUUUAAUUGUGCUACCUUUGUUCAAACAACCGAAGACCCCCGCCCCUCAUGCACGCCUCUUUCUACACUGAACACAACGCGCUUGACAGAAUAUACGAAAUUUACCCCAAAAUUCCCUGGCUACAUCCGAUUACUAUUGAGUUAUAUGGAUCACCAUGUAUCGCUUGACUAGGCCCUUCUAGUAAUGUGUUAAUUUGUUGUAGCUGAAGAGAUGCUCUGACCAAAAAAAAUAUACAUAUGAUUUAAGAAAGUUAAGUCUAUAAGGCUUAGACCCGUAAAAACAAAUAUUUUUUCCUAUCAAUUUUUUUUUUGUAAUAUUAAAACAGUUUCUGGAAUAUCAAAUGCAAAAUUUUAACACUGCCAAGGUUAAAGAAAAAUGUUGAAAAUAAAAUAAUGAAAAAUAUGAGCAUCUCUGUCCAACUUGGCUUUCCGUUCUAUAUCCAUAGUGUAGUAUAUGGCUCCCCCAAAACUGUCUUUAUAUCUAUUGAAACCAAGAACCACUCCGAUCCUCAACUAGAAUAACCAGAGAGAAGACCUAUCCAGACCUUAGGCAUCCUGAUCCUAAGACCCUCUAUUGAACCACGAACCACGCGCUAGUCGAAAAAUGUGUAAAUCUGUGUAAACUGUAAAACAUAUUAUUGUAUGAUUAUUAUUAUUAUACUAUUGAUUAUCAAGCGAGCAACGUAGCUUAGACCGUUAGUCAUUACUUGUUUGAACUAGUGACAAGACAAGUUUAGGUUCACAAAUUACUGUAAGAGCAAUGUUAUUUGAUGAUAAACCCACAAAAGCCCCCAAGAAAAGCAACCACAACCGAAUAAGGCAUACACUAAGAAAAUCAAGAGCUUAAAAUGUUAAAAAUGAACAAGUUAAAUAUCUAAAAAUCCCCUAAACAGUAAGCAAAGAAAAAGUCGAUGCAGAGAAAAAAUGAUGAAACAAGAUUUAAGGCACAGGCACUGUAAAAUGUAAAAAUAACCAGCAAACUAGUAACGAAUGUCGCUUUUGUUAGAUUCAAACACACACUAAGACACACGAAUACACGCAUGCACGGCACACACACAUACACACGCAUGCAUAUUGCCAAAUUGAUUGUAUUUACAUUUUUACAUUUACAGCAGCUAAUUGAACAAACGCAAAAGAUCAACAACAAACAAAAAUGAAGCCCACCUAAGCAAAAGAUAAUUUGUAAAAAUUAAAAAAUAAUCUUAAAAUUAAAUCACCAAAAUGUAAAAAGCUAUGAAUAUAUAUAAAAUGAAGCAAGCAGUAGCUAUGGCCACAAAAACACUCACACAACAACACUUACACCAGCACCCACUCAGAAACACUUAGCCCAAAAAGCGCAUCUAUUCUAAAUUUUAACCAAGAUAUCAAAUUAUAUACCCGCAGUGUUGUUAGGUUAAUCGCCAUUUUCGUCGACUGAAGUUCUAUCAUAUUUCGAGAAAAUUAAUUAUCGACAACCUUUACAGUUCUACGAUUAAAUCGAUUAUUUCGAUCAAUCUGACAACACCGCAAGGCAUAUCCCUGUUAUUAGUACAACUUAAACUGCACACUGCACAAUUUUUGAAUGUUUGUUAAAUGUUUUAAGGAGCAAAAGACCGACACCAGGAAAAUCCGCUGCAAAAUUGUAUUCUCCUCACCAACUAACUAGGGAAGGAUCCUCGCACCCCAAAACAAACCGAUCCCAAAACGCAACUCCAACCCAGAAAAAUGGUAAACGAAUUAUGAUACUGCUAGGGCAGAAGGACAUCUACGUCUGCUCUGCCACUAAAAAAAAUGCAAAAAUAACAUUUACGCUGUAGAGACAAGAAGAAAUUAACGCUUAAAAUUUGAGGUUGAUUGGCAUUAAGUAAAAGUUAAACGAUGUUGAAGCAGGAAGAGCCGAGCCGACAGGGCGCGAUCACGAGCAAGUAAAUUAAAUUAUAUAACAACUUUAAACGGGCACGACGAACAACCAGCAAGUGCUUACUAUAACUUCAUACGUAUUGUGUAAAAUAUUAGCAAAGAAAAAAUCCUUUUUAUAGAUCAAAAAGAAAACAAAAAACCAACGUAUUUUUCGCUCUCUAUCCUUCACUUUCGAUUAAACGAUCUACCUAUAUCUGUCAUUCACUCACUCAAUCAAUCAGUCAGUCGUUCGUUCAGUCAAUCGUUUCGGCAAAUUUGUUGAUUUCGUUUGUUGUGUGUGGAAUAGUGUUUGGAUUAUGAAAUGAAACUUUUGCAUGUCACAAGAGCAAUUUGUUCGCCCUAAGUCCCCCAAGAAAGUUAACUUUGUGUCUAAUGAUAUGUACAUAUAGGGCAUGGAUCCUAUGCCGGGCUUGUUUUAAUCAUCUUAAAUCUCCAAAUGAAAAACUAAUUCUCUGCUUAACUCUCUUAUUAACUCUCUUUAUGUAUGUGUCUGUGUGGAAAUUGAAUACAUAUACAAAAUUAUUAAAAUUGAAAUUGAAUUCGUUAUAUGAGGUAUUGUACUUGUACUUUUUGUUGACUAUUAUGUAAUUAAACGCUUUACUGAAUAUCAGUUAUGUAAAUUUUUUAGCUAAAAUUAAAAAUUAAAAACCAAAUUCAAGCAAAGAAGCUUAUGCUGUUACUUAUUGUUAGUGAAUUUACCACAAAAACAAAUGAAGAAAAUCGAGAAAAAAAAGAAAAAAGUUAACUUUUCAAAAAUUUAUAGAUACAAAAAGAAAUCAUUUUGCAACGUUCAUGCGUGAAGAAAAAAAUAUCAAGGGGAUUGCCUUGUGGACGCACUUACGCCUUUGUAUAUUGCGAUACAUUUUGAUGAGAAGGCUUAUCUUAAACUUUGAGAACUACCAGAUAAAUAUCUAUUUAAUAUAACGUAUACAUGCAUACAAGCAACAUAUAAACAUAUACCGUAUAUAAAACGUAUGCUAAACUAUAUCUAAAUUGUAAACGACAAUGAGAAGCAAUUUUAAGCAAAAUGAAGAAAACCAUUUCAAUUUCAACUUCAAUACCCCCCCACAUGCAAACACACACGGAUGAAGUAAACCAUUUAUGUGAAUUAAUAUGUAUAGAACUAUAUAUAACUAUGAUUACAAACAGCAACAAGGCUAUCUAUAUGCUAUGCUAAUGAAAGGGUAAACGGCAUUUAAACUCAUUCAACCAAAACCAACAGAAACCGCAUCACACGGAAAGAAAUGAAAGCUUAUAAAUACCAUAUAGAACCGUAUAUGUAUCAUACCAUAUAGAUCCACAACCAUGUACCACGUAAAUAUCGUAUCGUAAAUAGCAAUAGCAGUUAGUUAUAGUCAAUAUGGAUAGCUAAACUACCGAAUAGCAAAGCCUCAGCCGAAGCAAACUUGUUGUACGAUUAAGAUUGAGCUAGACUUUUAACCAGAGAUAAUCCAACUUGUAGAUAUAUCGAUAUAUCACAUAUAAAAUGUAUGAUUGUGUAUAUUACCGGAUAACAAAAGAACUCUUAUGAUUUCCAGGUCUCGCUUUUCAGUUGAUCCUUAUUAUGAGCCCCAACUAACUAUAUAUCAAGUCCCCAAAAAUCUUUAAUGAAUUCAGACCAGACCACAAAAACAACCUACAACCAACAACCAACUACAACAAAAACAAACUGUGCCACCUAGUACAUAACAAGAAAUGGUUAUAUAUCUGUAUCUGCUAUAUAGACACUAUAAACACAUACAAUUCAACACGAACUUGUACUAUACCUAGAUAUACUACAUAUAUAUAGAGAGAGAGAAGGAAACAUUCAAUGCUCACUUUUAUAUUUUUUAUCAUACAUCCUUGAAUCGAGAAAGCUAUUGAAAAGGACGCAGAACGAAGCACCGUAAGAACCACUGAACCACAAAGCAAAACAAAGCAAACUAAAUCGAACAUAGGAAAAUUCUCAUGCCCAAAGAACAUAUAUUUAUAUAUAGUGUACAAGUUCUAUAUGCCUAGAUAUUCGUUCCAUUGCUUUUUAGAGCCAAUUUGCUUUGCUUGCGAGACAAAAUCCCCUGGAAAACCCUAAAAAACCGUACCUACAUUCUAUUCAGUUCUCUGAUCCCAAUCAAGAUGAUAAUUAGGAAAGAAAACACCAGGCAUAAACGCAAAAGAUCGAGCUAAACUAGUGCUUAGUGUUUAAUGAUAAACAAUUCCAAUAAAAGUAUUUCAGUUGUGUAUAUUGUAAAGAACAAUUAUAAAUGAACAAAUAUAAAGUUAAACAUUUAAAGAAUAAUUCAAAAAUUUAUUGAAACAUUAAUAAAAUAAUUGUAUUUAUCAAAAUUAAUACAAACCAAUUUAAGGCAUUAGCAUAGCAAAAGAUAAUGGUAUACAUAAAUUGAAAUGAAAAUGAACACAAAAAGCGCUGAUUUAAUAUUAUAUUAUUAAUUGCAAACAACAAAGUGAAAAACAAAUGAUAUUGUCCUUGGUAUUUACAUAUACAUAAAGAAAACAGCAAAAAAAACAAAAGAAAAAUAAAAAGAAACGUUUUUUUAUAU